AUGGACCCCUUCUUCCUCACGUUCUCCAGCCGCGAGCUGGAGCAGUGGUACCUGAAGUAUACGGCUGAAUCGAGGGACCUUCACAUCGACGCGUGCUACUGGUGGUUGGCGGUGGUGAUACGCGCUCUGGCGCUGGUCAAGUUCGCCGGCAAGCGCGAGCACAGCCACCUGGCGAUGUGCUACGCGCACCUGGCAUGGCUGCUGGCUGAGGCGCCGCUUCGGCGGGCGCUGGGGCGCCGCGGCCUGUGGCGGCGGCGGGAGAUCAUCGUCGUCAUCUCCAGGCUUAUCCACAUCUGCGAAUUUAGCACAUCAAUCAACGAGCCUGCAGCCGAAAUGUUCCAGUUCGAGAGUCCAAACGUUUCUUGUAAAUCCAUCUUCUUCAGUGUUUUGUGGCAUGGUUUGCUGCCCAUGGUGUUCAGUGGCGUCUUUCAGCCCCUGCGGUUCUGGCUGCACCUUCCCUUGCACCUCCUUUCGUCAGCCUUCUUUCUUGCAACGCUCAAUGUCGACCUCUGCAUGGCCACGGGUGGUGCCAGCAUUCCUGGCAUGGACCCAGUACACGACUGGUUGGAUGGCUUGGCGAAGCAAGUCCUGGGUAUCCUCCUUGCCACGAGGCUUGAUGACGAUCCA